AUGGGACUCUCUCAGUGCUGGCUUAAUACAGUGCUACUUGAGAAAGCAGUGGUCAGAGAUCAGUUUGAAUUCGUCAAUAUCGGUAUUCAAGCUUACGCUGCUACGCUCACUUUCUUCAUGUCGCGGUUUACUCUACGGCUUGGGCUCCUUGGGGCGGUGCUCUGCCAUCUAACGGCGGCGAGCCCAUUGAAGGCCAUGCAAGAUGCUGCUCCAAUUGCCAUCGUCAGGAACGGCACAUACACUGGUCGCUAUAACGCCGAGUACGAUCAAGACUUCUUCCUGGGAAUGCCUUAUGCUCAACCUCCGGUGGGCGAUCUGCGUCUCCGCAACCCGGCCUCUCUCAACACAUCAUGGGACGGAAGUGCCGAUGCCACUACCUUCUCCCCAGCGUGCUACAACUUCGGACCGUCCCAAUACCCCGAGAUACCACACUCGGAAGACUGCCUGAAUCUCAAUGUGGUACGACCCAGCGGCGUCAAGCCAGGUGACAACCUGCCCGUAGGUCUAUGGAUUCACGGUGGCGGCCAUACAGGGGGCUCGAACCAGGAUCCCAACUACAACAUGACAUUCCUUGUCCAUCAAUCCGUGGCGGCGGGCAAGCCGUUUAUCGGGGUCAAUAUCAACUAUCGGUUGCAACUAUUUGGCUUCAUGUACGGCUCAACUGUCGCGGAGGCCGGUGUUGGCAACCUUGGCUAUAAAGAUCAACACUUGGCGCUUCGUUGGAUCCAUGAAAAUAUCGCUGCGUUUGGUGGAGAUCCUUCUAAGGUGACUAUCUGGGGCGAGAGUGCGGGAGCGGAAAGUUCGGGAGCCCACUUGGUUUCGUAUGGUGGCCAAGAUCAGGGUCUCUUCCGAGGAGUCAUGUUGGAGAGUGGAGGUCCCAUCUAUCCAUACCGAUACAACACUCCAAAGGAAUGGGAUGUCUACUACGAUGUCAUUCUCCGGGCUACCAAUUGCAGCAGAGCAUCUGAUACCCUGGCGUGUCUUCGCACCGUGCCUUCCGAAACUCUCUUCUCCAUCUUUAACAGCAGUGUGUCUGCCUCGAUCCCAUCUUGGGGUAUGGAGAUCGACGGAGACUUUAUUCGGGAGAAUGCUCGGGAGGCGCUUAUCGCCGGACGCUUCAUCAGAGUGCCAAUACUGCAUGGCCAGAACCACGACGAAGCAACGAUUUUCUCCAUCACGGGCAUUAACACGGAUGAAGACUUCUAUGCACAAGUGAGACAACGGACCUCUGACAAUGCCACUGUGCAAGCCAUCGCAAAACUGUACCCAGACAUCCCCGUAGUUGGAAUCCCAUCGACAUUGGAAGGUCGACCAUCUGCAGCACUGGGCUUUCAGUACAAACGCAUUUCGGCCUUCAUUACUGACCUGAUGUGGCAUGCGCCUCGCCGGUUGACCAGCCAAAUCUUGACCCAGCACAAUGUCCCCAAUUGGAACUACUUGUUCAACGUUAGGCCCAAUGGCAUGCCGCUGUCGGCUGGAGCAUCUCAUUUCACAGAGGUGUCAUUCAUGUUCUAUAACAUUCUGGGUCUUGGAUAUGCGCAACCGCCAUUUGCCAACACGCCCCCAAGUUACAAGGAGGUGUCAAAUCUCAUGUCGAUGUACUGGGUCAAUUUCAUUGUCGAUGGUGAUCCCAACGGUGCCAAUAUUGGCAACCACACUCACUGGCCUGCAUAUUCCCUUUCGAACCCACAGCAAAUGACCUUCGAUGCCAACACUACUGAGCUUUCAUUCCGUGCACCAGACACAUAUCGUGCGGCACCAAUUCAAUAUAUCUCUACUCACUUGGCCAGCUCUUUUGGAAGAUGA